GAAAAAUUUCCUCGCCGCCAUUUUUCACUUCAAUUUGAUUUUUGCGUCGAAGAAGUGUGGAAGUGUACAUAAAAGUUCAAAUUUUGCUGCUGCAUUUUAUCCAGCGACAAAAAUUCUUUACAAAAUAAAUAAUAUAUUUUUCUUUCGUUGGCGGUCCUUAAGAAAACAGCUAAAAUUGAUACAGAAAUGCCACGGUAUCGGGAAUGGGACUUGGCCUGUAAGGUCUAUGUCGGGAAUUUGGGCUCAUCAGCGUCCAAGUAUGAAAUUGAAAAUGCCUUUAGCAAAUACGGGCCUUUGAGAAAUGUAUGGGUUGCUCGAAAUCCACCAGGAUUUGCUUUUGUUGAAUUUGAAGACAGGCGUGACGCUGAAGACGCAACUCGAGGAUUAGACGGAACACGAUGCUGUGGAACUAGAAUUCGUGUAGAAAUGUCGUCUGGCCGGUCGCGGCGAGAUGAUCGCCGGCGAGGUGGUGGUAGUGCCGGUGGUGGUGGCGGCGGCGGCGGUGGUGGUGGCCGAGGUGGUCGAUACAGGGCAAAGUCUACUAGUUCUACUACUACUACUACUACUUCCUCCUCCUACUACAACAUCUUCACGAAUAACUGCUCCUACUCCAACAGCAACUCCAACUACUACUACUUCUACAAUCACAACAAAGAUACAUCUACUGCCAUCACCAAAGUCAUCAAUUCUUCUGCUAGUUUCAGCACCAAAUUGUGUCUACUUCUAGGCUGCUGUGGUAGUGAAGCUACUUUUUCGGGGAUGAAAUCACCAUCAUCCCCGACGUCGCUAAUGCCCAUUGAACGAUUGUUUCCUCCAUGAAUAUAGAAUAGAGAUUCGCUCUCAUAUAAAUAUAAUUGCCAAUGUGUAGAAAUGUUUUGUAUAAAACAAAAACAAAUAAAAAAACAUCGGAGGAAACGAUAAGUUAAGGUCGACAAGACAAUAUUUGCGCAUCAAAGGCGACAAAUCUUCAAGUAUGAUCCAUCUGAUUCCCACAUCCUUACAGACUCCCAAACAACCCUUCAAGAACAACAACAGGCGCGUGAUAUAUAAGCUAACAAAACAAACAAAAGUCGAUAACUACCGGUUGCGCACUUUCUUCAGCACAUCACGUGUAGACAAACUAAAACUACUUUCCUCUUUAUGAGCAACGUCGUAGCUUAGUGCGUUGCGUGGGUCAGCAAUUUUGUGCGGUGGACAGACAACAUCUAUAGAAAUGUCUCCACUCCACCCAGCCACAACAGAACAAAUUAGGCGGUUGAUCGAUCAGCUAUCCAACACAUCCCACUAAAGCAGCAUAAGUCAUCCAUAAGUCACAUUUGUUGUUGUUGUUUUUUCUUUGAAAUUAUUAAUUUGAAUUUUGUUUUGCAAACGAGAGUGCUGGACCCCUGCUCGCUGUUCUUCUUGACAUCUUAUUCUAGUUCAUCCACCAUCACAAAAAACGAACACACAUCUAUCAGCCAACCAAUCAGUCAAUCAAUCACCACAGCCACCACCACUGCUAGUUACCCUUCGCCUACGGACUGACUUAGAGAUAUAAAUUUGGGGGACUUUUUGGUCGUCGUCGUCGUCGUCGUCAUGUUACACUUCCCGCCGCGUCGAAAACAGCCGUUUCUCCUCACCUCUGCUUCUCCACAGUCCACACCUAUGCACCUCUGCAUCCAAUCAUCAACAACACUCCCUGAUGAUGCGUCGCGGUAAAAAAAAAAACAAGAAAACCAACAACCCGAAUCCGAAACUGAAACAUCACGAACUUUUUCUUAUCCUCUGACGCGCGGCGAAAGCUUCUUCUCUUCAAUUGAAUUGAACCAAAUUGAGCAACAAUUAAACGUCGCCUUCUUGAAUCAUCUUCCUUCUUCCGCUAAUUUUAUAUAUAUGUAUGCAUAUAUACAACAACCGCCGGCGUUGUUCAACACAAACACCACACAAUCAUCGUUUGAUCGUCGCGUUCUCAGCUCAACUCGCAAAACUACCUAAGUCAAGUCAAAGUCAACUCAUCAUCGUCAGUUGUUUCAGUCAAUUUCUGCAAAGAAUCAAAAAGACCAAAGACCAAAAAAGAACCACACACCUGCAUCAUUUUAGUGAUCUCGUUCACCAAGACGCUCGAGGAGUCGUUCAAGGAGUUUUUCACGUGACAGACGAAGCCGAUCAGAUUCUCGCGAUCGUCGCUAAAUAAAAAAAAACAAAACGAAAAACUUAAAGAUUAUGCACUCUUUAUAUAUAAAUAAAUAUAUAUAUAAAUAUCAUUUUUAAAUUUAAAAUCUAAACAAACACCAUACCACAAUCCAACCCACACAAUUUGUGUAGUAUAACAAAAAAAAUAAACAUUAUGUAUAAGCGAAUAUUUUUAAAAAAUUAAAAAACAUCUAUAGCUGGAGUUUGUUUUAAACAAAAGUAAAAGUUAAAAAAUCGUAUUCCCAUAUUGUGUUUUGGAAUAUUGUACAAACAAAAACUAAUGCAACUAUAAAAACAAUGCAUACAUAAAAUUAAACUUUUCUGAACUUUAAAAUUAUAAAUUAGUUUUGUAAUAAAUUUUAAGUUUUGUUUUAUAGUUCAGCUAAUUACACUAGAGUAUAAAUUGUGUGAACCUCUUGUAAUAUUGUAUAAGUAAGUUUAAAGGAAAAAACAAUAAAAAUGACUAAUGUAGUUCUAAAAUAAUGAA